CGGCGGCGUCCGCCCUUCGCCUGCGCCCUGGCCAUGGCGGUGUUUCACGACGAGGUGGAGAUCGAAGACUUCCAGUAUGACGAGGACUCGGAGACGUAUUUCUACCCGUGCCCGUGCGGGGACAACUUCUCCAUCACCAAGGAGGAUUUGGAGAACGGGGAAGACGUGGCGACGUGUCCUAGCUGCUCUCUCAUCAUAAAAGUGAUUUAUGACAAAGAUCAGUUUGUGUGUGGAGAAACAGUACCAGCACCUUCAACCAACAAGGAAUUAGUUAAAUGCUGAGGAAGCCUUCGGCGGUCUAAAUCCUGAACAGCUGGGAAGGAGCCAUGUGGAGACCUCAGGUGCAGAGUUCCUGGCUUCCACAGACACCAGCUGGUUUGCUGUUCUCUGGUAGAGUGGAUUCUUUCCAUCUGCUGCCAAGUUCAUCUUCAAGAAGCAAGGCUAAGACAUGACACGCCUGGAUUUUGUGCUUAGCACUUUGAAUUGGAAGCAUUCUUAGUUAUCCGUCUGAAGCUAAAGGAUGAUGAUUUCAAGCCAGUGCUUUCUUGCUCUCGGUUUCCUCAUUUUUGUAUCUUAAACCUGAUUGCUUCAGUAGCCGAUAACAGCAUCAUCUACCUCAGGCAUGGGGAUCCCUUAAGAAAAAAAGAGACUAUAUUUUUGACUUGGCUAUUAAGGUCGUUAAAAUGAGCCCUUCCUUUGAAAUUUGACCUCAGCUUUACUGGUCUAAAUUUAAAACGAGUUGCCUCCGUCUCCUCAGUCUUACCCUUCUUAGGAUGUUCAUGUUCUGUUCAGCAUGCCAUUCCUGUCACGUGUCAUGCUCAGAGUUUGGUCAGGGUGUUAAGAGAAAAUACAGUGAGGCCACAGUUUCUCCAGAGCUGAAAGUUAGUGAAUAAGAAAGAAAAGUCCAAAAUGAAAUGAUCUGAGAAUAUGGAGCCCCCUCGUAUUCUGCAUAGUCCCUGAAAGUCAGGACAAGAUGGAAAACAGCCCAAAGGGGUGCAAGUGGUAGCAGAGUGAGAAGAGCAAAACAGGCUGAUGGAGGGAGAUAGUUGACUGACCACCAGAUCAGAGCAAACAGUAUUUCUGGAUGUGGGUUUUUGUUUUUUGAUAAGGCUGACAAACUUGCAUUCCAGAUAGGGGUUCAUGUCAAGUCCUGAGGCUGGUGGUAGUGCUUUCAGCAUGUCACACUGCCAUGCCCCUAUAAUGGGUGAAGUGUCUACGCAGAAAAUGAGCUGAAAUGGAGGCCGGUUCUGAACAGUAAGCCUGUGAGGGCACAUCUUGUAAGCCUCUAUAACGUGCAGCCAACGCAGACCAGCACUCAUGCAGGGAAGCGCUGCCUGGAGGAGAAGCAGUGUCUGCAGGUGUGCUGCCUGACUUCCUCUGCUGCGGUGCCAAGAGGAGCAAGAAGUGAGGAUCAAGUGCACGGGAAGUUUGGAGGUGCCCGUGUCUGUGAAAUUAAAGAAUGCACUAGCUGGUUGUUUGGGGAUGGCUCCUGCAGUUAGAAAAAUAGCUUGCUGCAAUGCACAUGUUCUGUUACUGAAUGGAUAAUGCACUGCAGCACUCACUGGAGGUGUUUAGUCUACCUGCCAGCCGCGUGGCUGUGUGCCACCACCUGAAUGAGGCGGUAAUUCGCCAGAUACUGUCCACCAAGAGUGCGUGGUACCGUCUGGCAUCUUCUUGAUGUGAUGAGAAGUCUCAGUGCAGUCUGGGAGAGGGACCUCCCUGAAGUCAUCCACAGAAGCUGACUGUCCCCAGCAUGUGUUGGUGGCUUGGAGGGCUUGGUGACACAUUAGCCUUUCUGCUGCUGCUGAGUUUCAAGCAAGAAUACUCUUGACGUGAGUCAGUUAUGUACACAGAAGAACAGGAAGAAAAGUUGCCAAGUUCAAACAUCCCAGAGAAAGGAAGCAUAGACAGCCCUGGCAACCAGUGAUGGGCGGUAGUUGCAGUAAUGGGAGUGAUCUUGUUUCUACAGCAGCUGAGUCACUAAAGUUGUGAGCAUAAAGAAUGCAUCAGAAUCUAACCCUGUGUUAAGCAGAAAGUAAAACCAGAGCCAGGCAUGAGCCAACACAUCUAUACCCAGCUACUCGGGAGGCCAGAGCAGGAGUUGGAGGCUGCAGUGAGCUGCGAUCAUGCCAUCUGGUCUCAGGAGUGAGAUCCUGUCUCUUAAAAAGAACAGGAGUCUUGCAUAUGACCUGGGUUGUGUGUGAUGUGUGUGCCUUACUUCUUAGCCCAGGACAUUUCCAGAGCACCAGGUUUUGUCUGUUGAGCUUGGCCAUUUUGGCAAGGCCAUGAGAGUCCACACCUGCAAUUAGGGGCUGGACAAAGGGAUUCCUCUGCUGUCAGCUCUCUAGUUUUAGGUGUGGUGGCCCAUGGGAACUAAAAUGGCAAUUAGAACUUGAACUGUCUAAGUCAUGAACUACAGAGAACCGGCUCCAUUCCUCAAUAACGUGAUGUCACCAUACUUUUGAGUUUAAAAAAUAUAAAGAGGACUCAGCAAAUACUCUCAUGUACAUGUUCAGAAACAUUUUUCUUGGAAAAAGUGCCCGAUAUUUUUGGUAACUGUACAUAAUAAUUUAUUACCAGCAUAAAUUCUAUUGGUGUGCCGAAUAAAGUCGUUCAGAUCCA